AGGGGCUCGAGCGUGGGGAGGCGCGCCAGAACCGGGCCAGCAGUCCCCGAAGCGAGCCGAGCUCCGAGCCGAGCCGAACCGAGAGCAAAGGGCCGAGCCCAACGAGUGCCUGCCGAACAACCAAACGCGCACCGCUCCGACACCCGCCGCCCAGCGCGUGCACCGAGUGCCACCCGCUCAACGACAGACUCACCCCGCAGCAGGCAUGCAGUGCAACAGCGCGCUCGUGUUGGUGGUGGUGGUGGCGGCCAUGUGGGCGUCGCCCUGCGCGGCCUGGGGCGGCGUCUUCAACCGCUUCAGCCCCGAGAUGCUUUCCAACCUGGGCUACGGCGGCCACGGCGGCUUCGGCAACAGCCACCGCACCGCGCCCUUCCUACAGGUGAGGAGUGCAUGAUGAGCUCGGAGUGCGACAUCCACAAGGGACUUUGCUGUCAGUUCCAGAGGCGACACCGUCAGGCACCCAGGAAGGUUUGCUCCUACUUCAAGGACCCGCUCAUCUGCAUCGGACCCGUCGCAUCGGACCAGGUCAAGGAGCUGGACAUCGAGCACACGGCAGGGGAGAAGCGGCUCACCGGGCACGCCAGCGGUGGACCAGCCGCCUUCAACCACAUCCGCCGUUAAGGAGGGGGAGCCACGGCAGCGUUGCACCCACUCUCGCCCCCUACCUUCCCCUCCACAACCUUCCCUCCCCCUCCCCGAGUAGAGCACGGAGUGUGUGACAGUGGCAGCGACAGGGGAGUUUGUCGCCAGGACGGGGAUGCGACCCGCCUCGUGUAGCUCUAGCAAAACGAAAACAAUACGAAGAAAGUGUUGGAAAGUGGCUGGUUCCACACUACUCUCGAGUUAAAUUUAGUUUACCAAAAAGGGUAUGCAUAAACUGCUUAUAGAAAAUUUGUUCAGACAAAUAACAAACACCUGGGGCUGCUACUGUCACAUGGGAAAACAAGAACUUCUGUCUUCUAUAUUCCCACGAUCAUAGCGUGUAAUGAGAGUAAAAUUACUGUCUCAUAAUUGGUAGUACAACUCUGACAUAAGACAUAUCAUUGGCACAUAUCUAUCCGAUUUAAGAGAGAUGAUAAGACUUGAGGCGAUAAGUUUAUGAGAAGAAAUGAAGUAAUUGAAUAGAUCAGUGAUGUGGUGUCAUUUUGCACAAUUCAAGAAACUGAAGAAACUCAGCCUAUUAAAAAAAAAGACAGUCACUAAUUCAGCGCAGAAGUAGUUACAGCACUACAUCCCUGACUGUAUGAGAUGGACUCUGUCGGAUAUGCACUCUAUUGAUCAAACAUAUCAUAUGUUUAUAGAUUUGAGUAUUUGUAAGCAAAACUGUUUUGAUGUCCCAUUAUUUUCAAUGCAAUUUUGCGUUUAGAUCAAAACUCUGUGAGUAGGGAUCUCAUGUAACUUAAGAAUAUGUUCUGAGGAUAAAAAUUUACAGCUCUUUAACGUUCAAUGAGCCCUCACAACAUAAUCAGCUUGUUUUGUACCUUGACCUUUUCAUUGGUAUAAAAGCACUGGUGUUCCUUAACAUAUCAUAUUCUUUACAAAGCAAAUCUGCUGAUCUUAAACUUAGGUAUAAUAUUUCUAUUGAAAAAGCUUAGCACGACAUAGCAAAAAUUGCUCUUGAGAACUACAAAUAAAUAUCACACUGUGAAUGUUAUCAUUUUUAGUCAGUUUUACUCCUCUUUCUUAACUAUCCUAUUGCUUGCCAGAUUUUUCUGGGGUAAAAUUUGUAAUUGUAUGUGUGUAAUCAUACCGUAUUUUCAUGAAUUGAUUUUAAUAGGUUGUAAUACUAACUCUUUUCAUAAGUGAUAACUAUACAGAACUCAAGAGUCAAUAAGUGGUAUUUACAUCAUAUCACAUUGAUAAAAAAUAUUCUAGAAUGCUCCUAUAAAACAAGCUAAUAUGAGGUGGAAUUUUCUGAAAAGUGGGGAACGGAAAGCUGUAAUGGUUUGAGUACCUUUGUAGAUCAUUACUGCUUCAUUGUUUGAGUUUCAUCCACUUUAAAAAUUUAAGUUUAUGUUUUUUGCCAGUGACACUUGCCUGAAAAAGUGCACAGCCAAAUCUUCUGCCUCACAGAACAGAGCAAACAGAGCAUUCUAUGACUUUUUGAGGAAAAUGUUAAGGAUAAAUUGUGGUUCGAUGAGACUUGAUAUUUUUGCUAGCCUAAUCAGACUAUGCUGCCUUAAUCAGUCAAGACUCUUUCUUGACGAAGGGCAAUAUUUAAAGUUGCCAAUUGACACAUAUCAUUUUGGAGAUUUUACACACCUAAAGACUUCCAAUCACAUAUCAUUAAAGUAUAUUGGAGAGUAUGGUGAAAAAAGAAAUUUUUCUAAGAUGUUUUGAUGCACAAAGUAGAAAUACUGUUUAGUUUUUAUUAAAAUUUCAAAUUUCAAGAGUGGCAUGUAUGUUUGAAAAUCUUGAAAAUUGUGUGUAAACAGUGAAUGGCAAGUAUGUCCUUUCCAGAUACCUUCACAUGCUAUUCUUGUCUCUUAUUUUUAUAAAAGCAAACAAUCUUAUGUGUUAGUUCUUUUGCCAGGACAGACCUCACAAAAGUUGCCCAAAGACAGAAAAAAUUUGGAACCUCACACAGAAGAGAACUUGUACCCAUUUCAAGUAGUCAUAAAAGAUGAUCAGCCAUGUCCAUUCAGAUAGCAUGUCUACAUUCAGUAGCUUAAAAUAAUGAGUGCUUCCUCCCAGAUGAAGUGUUGAAAAGCAGAUUGGCCUAACCUUGUUAAAAAAGAGAGCUAGCAGAAAGUGAUUACUGACAAAAAAAUAUUUUUUUAUAAUGUUAUAAGUACUAAACCAACAGACCACAUAAAAUCAGUGGGCAUGUUGAAGCAGUAUUCCCUGGCUGUAGGAUUGUGGGAAACAAAAGUGUGGUCUUUUCUUUUGAACAUUUUUUGUUUUGUUUUGUUGUUCAAAAAUCUACUACAAAAGCACAGCACAACUUUGUCCUGAAUGUAUUUUGUUUGUAACACUUGCUGCGUUCUGGUUUCAAAGGUACAAAAAAGAAUGUGAAACCCUCUUUAACAUUCAAAGGGGUGAGAAAAUGCUAUAAGGGGGAGUUUUGGAAAGCACAGUUUUCCAGGUUCUGUAUAUUUAAAGAUAAAAAAUAGAUGCUUGUUUAUAGUUCUUAAAAUUGUGUUAGAAAUCUGUAGCUUCAUAAUUUAGACGGAUGGACUCAAUGAGCCCCAAUACUUGGUCCAUUCUCAAUUAUGAACGCCACAAAAUGCUAGGUGUAGAUGAAACAUUCACUGUAUUCAGUACUUAGAUGUUUAAGGUACAGGAAAAAACUGUCUGUGUAACAAAGUGCAAGCAAAAAUUAAAAUAAUAUUUGAACCUACAAAAA